AUGUUGGUGAUGCUAUUAGUUUUAUUGUUGGUGCGGCAUCUACCUUGCGCACAUACCUCACCUCCCGAGGUUGCAUCUCAGCGAGGGGCGGCGCCGGAUAACUCUGGCAAACACGUCGAGGAGGGAAAGCUAGGUGCUGUUGCCAGUCAGAGUGCCAUUUGCAGUCGACAUGGCACGGAAAUCUUGAAAAAGGGUGGGAAUGCCGCUGAUGCAUUGGUUGCAACGGUCUUCUGUGUCGGAGUAGUCGGAGGGGGUGGAUUCAUGCUAGUCCGAGCGCCGAACGGUCCAUAUGAAUUUAUUGAUUUCCGUGAGACCGCGCCAGCGGCUGCCUAUGAAGAUAUUGGCGUACCGGGCGAGGUCCGUGGGUUAGAAUAUCUUCACAAGAAAUACGGUGCUCUCUCUUGGUCGACUGUGUUACAGCCAGCGAUUAAAACCGCACGUGAAGGGUUUCCCGUUACUGAAGAUCUCGUCAGGUAUAUGCAGUUAGCGGUUGGGAGCGCUGAAGAUUUCCUCUCUAAGAAUCCCACGUGGGCAAUGGAUUUCGCUCCAAAUGGCACCCGACUUGGGUUGGGAGAUACCAUGACCAGGAAGCGCUAUGCGGAUAUACUCGAAGUGAUUGCUGAGCGAGGCCCGAAUGCCUUCUACACUGGUCCGAUUGCUGAAACCAUGAUCAAUGCUGUGCAGGAAGCAAAUGGUAUCAUGACACUCGAUGAUUUAAAGAAUUACUCGGUUAUCAUCAGGAAUAUUUCCCAGAUUGAUUACCGUGGGUUCAGAAUCACGAGUACGACGUCACCUUCCAGCGGUAUUGUUGCUAUGAAUGUUCUAAAGGUCUUGGGAACUUAUGACGAUUUCUUCACGCCUGGUAAUGUUAAUCUCAGCACUUAUCGAAUGGGUGAAGCGAUCCGGUUCGGAUACGGGGAGAGAACGAAACUAGGAGACCCUCUUUUCGUUGAAGGAAUGGAUAAAUAUCAAGACGACAUGCUGAAGCAGUCCACUAUUAACGAAAUCAGGGGGAAGAUCUCGGAUUUUUGUACUCAGAACGUCUCUGCGUAUGAUCCUGACGGAAUCGAGAGUUUGGAAACUCCAGGUACAUCGCAUAUCGCAACGGCAGACCACUCCGGAAUGGCUAUUUCAAUCAUUACGACUAUCAAUCUUCUAUUUGGGAGCCAAUUGAUGGUUCCAGAAACUGGUAUUAUUAUGAAUAAUGAAAUGAACGACUUUUCCAUCCCCGGUUCCUCUAAUGCUUUUGGUUACAUUCCUUCGCCCGCGAACUAUGUCCGUCCAGGAAAAAGGCCCCUAUCGUCUAGCACCCCAGCUAUCGUGACUCAUCCAAAUGGAACACUGUUCUUCAUUACUGGCUCUGCAGGAGGCAGCCGGAUCAUCACCGCUACAAUUCAAAAUAUCAUCCACGCAGUCGAUGAGGGUCUAUCUGCCGCCGAGGCUCUAGCGCGGCCCCGUUUGCACGACCAGCUCGUUCCGAACCAGGUGUACUUUGAAUAUUCUUACGAUAACAAAACAGUUGAUUUUAUGAAAACGCACGGCCACAAUGUGACCUGGAUUGCUCCCGGUCGGAGCAGCACUGCACAGGCUAUCCGGAUGUUGCCAAACGGAACAUUCGAUUCUGCUGGAGAGCCAAGACAGCUAAAUUCGGGCGGUUUUGCGGUAUAG